AGUUCAUAACAGAUAAACACGAGAUCGUAUAAAAUUAUGUUUUAAAUAUUAACUAAACUGGUAGUUUAAGUUUGAACGUCUAGAGCAAGUUGAUCAAGGAAAUUACUAUUUCAAUACUGAGAACUCGUGGGUGAAAAACACAGAAUGGCUAUGCGUGAUUAUACGGCUGAUAAAGAAAGUUUCAAAAACUUCUUCAUUGAAUUCUGUCAGACUGACGAUGAAGGCCGCAAAUUUUUUAAAUAUUCUGAACAGCUAUCUAAAGUAGCCCAUAGAGAACAGGUAGCUUUCGUAGUGGAUUUGGAUGAUUUACAUGAAACAAAUGAAGAAUUGGCAGAAGCCGUAAUUAAAAAUACAAGACGAUAUACUAACAUGGUCUCGGAUGUUGUGUAUGAGAUGCUCCCUGAUUUUAAAAAUAAAGAGGUUGUAUCCAAAGAUGUACUAGAUGUGUAUAUUGAGCACAGAAUUAUGUUGGAAGCAAGGAAUCAUAGGAUUCCCGGUGAAAUGAGAGAUCCAAGGAAUAGAUACCCACCAGAACUUAUAAGACGAUUUGAGGUUUACUUCAAGGAUUUGUCUACGUCUAAAUCAGUCCCAAUAAGAGAUGUUAAGGCUGAACACAUUGGAAAACUUGUUACAGUCAGAGGUAUAGUAACUCGUUGCACAGAUGUCAAACCUCUAUUAAUAGUAGCAACCUACUCAUGUAGUGCUUGUGGAGCUGAGACAUAUCAGCCAGUUCGAUCCCUUCAGUUCACUCCCCCGCCUGCCUGCAGUGCUGAUGAGUGUAGGCUCAAUAAAACAGCUGGGCAGUUACAUUUACAAACCAGAGGAUCGAGGUUCCAAAAGUUUCAGGAGUUGAAAAUACAGGAACAUUCGGACCAGGUGCCGGUGGGCCACAUCCCGCGCCAGCUGUCGGUGUACUGCCGCGGCGAGUGCACGCGUCGCGCGCAGCCCGGCGACCACGUGGCCGUCACCGGCAUCUUCCUGCCGCUGCUCAAUGCUGGCUUCAAGCAAAUAAUGCAAGGAUUGCUCUCCGACACAUAUCUUGAAGCUCAUGGCGUCACUUGUUUAAAUCAAAGCGAGGAAGGCGAAAUGGCGGAACCGCUAUCUGAAGAAGAAUUAGCAGAACUCGCCGAUGAAGAUUUGUAUUCGAGAAUGGCACGCAGUCUGGCGCCUGAGAUUUACGGUCAUGAAGAUGUUAAAAAAGCCUUAUUAUUGUUGCUUGUUGGAGGUGUCGAUAAACGUCCAAAUGGUAUGAAAAUUCGUGGCAAUAUCAACAUCUGCUUGAUGGGUGAUCCUGGUGUAGCCAAGUCCCAGUUGCUCAACUAUAUCGACAGAUUAGCUCCCCGCAGUCAAUAUACCACUGGACGUGGAUCAUCAGGUGUCGGUCUUACUGCCGCUGUAUUAAAGGAUCCAUUUACUGGGGAAAUGAUGUUAGAAGGGGGAGCGUUGGUGCUGGCAGACCAAGGUGUGUGCUGCAUCGACGAGUUUGACAAGAUGGCGGAGAACGACCGCACAGCCAUACACGAGGUCAUGGAGCAGCAGACCAUCAGUAUUGCUAAGGCGGGCAUCAUGACGUGUCUGAACGCGCGCGUGUCGAUCCUGGCGGCGGCGAACCCCGCGUACGGCCGCUACAACCCUAAGCGCACCAUCGAGCAGAACAUCCAGCUGCCCGCCGCGCUGCUGUCGCGGUUCGACCUGCUGUGGCUCAUACGGGACAAGCCCGACAGGGAGAAGGAUCUGGAGCUGGCCAAACACAUCGCGUACGUGCACCAGCACUGUGCGCAGCCGGCCGGCAUCACGCGCGCGCUGCGCAUGCGCCUCGUGCGCCGCUACCUCGCCCUCACGCGCCGCAAGCAGCCCGUCGUGCCCACGCACCUCGCCGACUACAUCGUCUCGUCGUAUGUAGAGCUUCGUAGAGAAGCUCGUAACGCUCGCGACGUUACAUUCACUUCGGCCAGAAACUUGUUAGCUAUACUGCGUCUAUCCACAGCGCUGGCGAGGCUCAGGUUGUCAGAUGUGGUUGAAAAAGAGGACGUGUCAGAAGCGAUACGACUUGUGGAGAUGUCGAAACAAUCGCUGCAACAUGUGGACGAUAACGUGCAGAGGGGUAUAAGUGCGACGGACCGCAUAUUCGCAGUCGUGCGCGACCUCGCCGGCUCCAACAAGACCGUGAAGAUAGCUGACGUCAUCGAACGAUGUGUGGACAAGGGCUUCAAGCCUGAUCAGGUGGACGCGUGCAUCGAAGAGUAUGAGAAUCUUAAUGUAUGGCAAGUGAACCAAGUACGAACGAAAAUCACCUUUAUGUAAAAGUGCCUUUAAUAUUAAAUUGUUUUUAAGAUUAAUCUUGCGCCUAUGUUGUGUUUGAGAAUGAUUUUGUAUUGUAAUGAUUGUCAUGGAGGAUGAAUUAAU